AUGGAUGAAAUCGACCAUGAUAUUGAAAUGUUGGAUCUAUAUGACUCCAUAUCAGUUUCAGGGUUAUCAAGCACUUUUACCACCACCAAUGAAACUACUAGCACUACCACCACCAAUGAAACUACUGGCACUACCACCAUCAAUAAAACUAAUAAAACUACUGGCACUAGCGAAGCAACUUCAGAGAAUAAAUCUCCUGUAUGGAAAAGUUUUGAAGUGUUAGAAAAUGAACCAAAAGCCAAAUGUAAAUAUUGUAAAAAGGUACUUAGUCACAAAAAAGGAUAUAGAACUUCCCAUCUUCGACGGCAUCUUAAGUCUUGCUUAAAGUACCAAAGCUCUGUUUCUAAUGGGGCUGGUUUUAUACAUCCAAAUGGCCAAACCCAACUAAGUUUUAAUUCAUCGGUUAACCGACUACCUAUUGGGAACUCAAACCGGAAAAACCUUGCAUAUAUGAUAAUUUUUGAUAAACUAAAUUUUCAGUUUGUUGAGAAGCAAGGUUUUUGUAAAUUUGUAAAUGGAAUAUUACCUGGCAAUAUCGCAACUUGUAUUAAAGCGGAUACAGACAAUUAUUUUAUAACCACUAAGUUGCAAACUAUCACUCUUGACAAUGCAAUGUCGAAUGAUGUUGCGGUUAGUGAGUUGAUUCGUCAUAUUCUACAGAAUUCGAUUGAUGUUAAAGAUGAAGUUUUUCAUAACCGUUGUCUUGCGCAUAUUCUUAAUCUCAUUGUAAAGGAUGGACUAAAAAAAAUUUUUGAAGAGAUUAAAAUG